AUGACCCUGCACUUCCUGGGCCACCUCUUCCCAUCCUCCCCUCCCCACUGUCUGCUCUAUAUAAACCCCGGGGCUGAGACAGAGCCACCAGCCCCAGCUCCUGGAUGUGCACCAAUGAGGCUGCUCCUGCUCCUGUUCCCCAUGGCCUUUGUCCCACUUCAUACUGCUCAGGUCAUCAGGGGCCAGGAAGCCCUGCUUGGCUCCAGACCCUACAUGGCCUAUGUACAAAUAGGGUCAAAGGGAAGCUGCGGAGGGUUCCUGAUCCAGGAGGACGUGGUGGUGACGGCAGCUCAUUGUAACUGCAACCUGGGCAACAUCUAUGUCUACCUGGGAGUCCAAGACUUCAAGAAGCCAGGACAGAACUGGCAACGGAUCCGGGCCCGUCGCUGGAUCCAGCACCCUGACUUCAGCAAUGAGAACUUUGAUAAUGACAUCAUGCUGCUGAAGCUGUGGCGCAGUGCGGAGCUGACCGAGUGGGUGAUGCCCAUCCCCCUGCCGGAGGCUGAUCACCACGUCAGCCCAGGCUCCGAGUGCAGCGUGGCCGGGUGGGGUCGGACCGGAGUGAACACCACCACCGACAGGCUGCAGGAGGCGGAGCAGGAGGUGGUGUCGGACGGGCUGUGCGGAGAGCGGUACCGGCAUUACGACCCCACCACCAUGCUGUGUGCCGGCAGCCCCCACGCCAAGAAAUCAGCCUUCCAGGGUGAUUCCGGUGGGCCAUUGGUGUGCGACGGGGUGGUCCAGGGCAUCAUUUCCAAUGGAGAUCCGGAUGGGCGACCCCCCAGCAUAUACACAAGAAUCUCCAAAUUCAUCCCCUGGAUCAACAAAACUCUGCAGAAACUGAGUUAAAGGAGAUGCUCCCCUUUAAAGGGCCAAUUUCACCAUAAUGGGCAAUGUGCCUGAGUGGAACCCUGAGGUGCUUUAGAUCAGAGUAUUUGUUUCUAGUGUUAGAGAAAUGCUGCGAGUGGCUCAGUCCUGAAAUCCUUUUGUAGCUAGAAAUACCCCAUCAAUGUUUAAAUUUUGUUAUAUUGUCUCCCCAAGU